AGCUGUUUUUUGCUGUUGCGACCCGCUUUGGUUGCUUAUGCCUGGCCUAUGUAGGUUGCAGUCACGCCGUUGCAAAUGUUGUCACCGGGAGGUGCGGGGUCCCCGCUAUCACCCAGCUUAUCGCCUUCGAAGAAAAGAGGCUUGUUCAGUGAUGGCGACCAGGACCCCAUGGCAAAGCAAGUUAGGAUGUGCAACCCAGAGUUUCUCUGCGCGUUCCGCAAGUUCGACAAUGGACUGGGCUUCAUUGACAUUGGAGGUCUUGCGAAUGCCUUGGAGUUUGUGAAGCUGAGCAUUGAGGCUGGAACCCAACACAGCCUGAUGCACAGGCCGUUCCAGGCAUCGACCUGCUGCUGGCUGCUGGCAAGAUUUGGCUGCCAACACAGGCUGUCAUUGCACCAAUGGUGCGAGCUUAUGGAUUAUUUGUCCAACCUGAAGACAAUUUUCCUCCAGGCCGAUUCUGACAGAAGUGGAGCCAUCGAGUUUGCAGAGCUGCACAGGGCCUUUCAACUGUCUGGGGUCUACUUCGAUGCAGCUGAGAUAUCAGAGGUGUGCCAAAGCUACGAUGCUGACAAAGACGGCACGUUGGAGUUUGAUGAGUUUGUUCAAAUGCGUUUGGAAUGGGAUUACUACAUCGCAGCCUGGGAUCGGAAGACUCAGGGAGCAGACAGGAUCGCCCCCCAACAGCUAUUGCAAGUGUUGGAGGAGAUCAAGCAGUCUCUAGAACCUUUGGGCGCAAUCCUGGGCUCGCAGAGUGGGCUGACUGCCUCGAUGACCGGUGUAUUUUACACGUCGAUGUUUGGUGCGCACAGUCCGUUUCACAUCGGCACGUGUGAACGUUUGAUCAUUCGGUUUGGUCAGGGCAGCCUGUAUUUGAAUUUCGAGCAGUUUUGCAGCAUGAUGGUAUUUCUGAAGGACAGCGCUCUUCCAGCCUUGGCUCAAUCAAGCCCACAACUGACAAAUGAAAUGAAGGCGGCAUUUAGCAGUCUGGACGUCAAGGGGACAGGAUCCCUUGACUUGCCGGAGCUGUGCAACGCGUUUUGGCGUGCUGGCAUUAACCUGCCAGAGGCGCUGAUUCUUCAAAUAGGCAAAAGCUUUGACACAGACCUGUCUGGCGGAAUUGAGUUCGACGAGUUUAUACAGAUGACAGCCGAGUGGCAUGAAAUGUGGAAGCUGCAAGAUAGGUUCAGCUCUAGCAUAGCCGCAGAAGAGCUGCAGCGCCUCAUGGGCACGGUGCAGGUGAUUUACCAGGUCAUAAACGGCUCAAUGCAGACGCUGCGACCCUUCAGCAUGAAUACAUGCCGCUGGCUGAUCGCAAAGUUUGGCACAUGCCAGGCCGGCGAGCGCUUCGCGCAGCGUUUGUCCUACCAAGAGUUCCUGCACUUGGUGCAGUUUCUUAAGGAGUGCUACUUCACUUUCAUCAGGUUUGACUUUGACAGGGUGGGUAGCCUGGGCGCGGAGCACCUCGGGAAAGUAUUGGCUGCUUUCGGGCUUUGUCUCAGCCCAGAAGCAGUCGACAACAUACGCUUAAGCUAUGAUGUGGACCGCUCCAAUCGUCUGAGUUUCGAUGAGUUCCUCCAGAUGUUUUUAGAGGUGCAGUUGUACGACCAGUGCUUCAGCAGCCGGGAGCGAAACCCCGCCAUUCUCACCCCGUUGAACCCUCUCAGCCCUAUCCUGGGUCAGACAUUUGCAACUGGUGCGGGCUCUGGGCUGGUAGUGUUGGAUCGCUCUGCAUUCUUCUCGCUGGUCUUUGCUGUUCCUCGCCAAUUGACGUUGGACUAGCUGAGCGUGCUGACAAUGAGAGCCAUGCCGUUGUCCGUGCAGGGCAGGGCUCAACACGGCUAAGUUUGGAUUUCUUUCCGGACUAGCAUUUAUUUAGUGAACACUGCGGCGGACUCUGUAUGUGGCCGGACGCUGCAAAGAACGGCACAAGUCCGACUUCGACCUGUUCAAAGUUAUUCUGUCGCGCCGCUUUGCUUGCCAUGCUUUUAAUUUGACAUGACUCAAGCAGAGUGAGUGAACGGAGCA